AUGAAGCCUGAAUUAUACAACGAUAUAGUGAAAACAAUUCGAAAAUUUCGUGGCUUAUCAAAAGAUUGUAAAGAUGUUUUAAAAGAGAAAUAUAGCGAUGUUUCAGUAUAUACAUUAUAUAGCAUAUUAUCUUUAGAAAUACAACAUAAAAUGAAAGUUAAUCAUAGCAAAUUAUUUGGGGAUAAUAAGAAUUAUUAUGAAACUUACAAAAAAGCUGUGCAAAAUGGAGAACCUGUUGGAAUUUUAUUAAAAAUGGCAAAAGAUAUUGGUGUACCACCUGCACUAUUAGCUAAAAAUGUUCUUAAAAAACAUUGUGGACAAUAUGUUUCCCAAAAUGAAGUUAAUGAAUUAUUUAAGGAUACUACUCUCAUACAAGACAAGGAUCUAGCAUAUGAGGUCUAUUUGUGUAUAUUAUAUGACAACGUGUAUGGUUCUAUAUCAGUUGCUAUUGGAUUUUCUGUAGGUCAGGAAUAUGAACUAAAGGUACAAAACUACUUAACUGAACGAAAUCUUGCAUUUCGUAAUGAAGAACAUUUAAGAUCAAGAGGAUAUGAUAAAACUCCAGAUUUCAAGCUCGAGGUACCAAUUGCCGUAAAUGGUUGUGUAAUUAACUGGAUAGAAUCUAAGGCAAGAUUUGGGAAUAAAGAAAUACAUCAAAAAUACAUCAAAGAACAAUUUCUAAGUUACUGGAAUAGAUUUGGUCCAGGACUUGUAAUUUAUUGGUUUGGAUUCUUGGACAAUCUAAGUGAACCUAAUGAAAAAAGGUUUGUUAUAAUGGACCAUUUUCCUGAAAAUAUUACAUACAUGGACCCUACUUGUAUUAAACCUACAACUGUAUAA